AUGAAGCUCUCAACUUUAUCUACGUUGCUGUUCUGCGCCGCAGGGGUCCAUUCGGCCGCUGUGCCUUCGAACUCUCGACAAGCUUGUCAGAAAUCUUACAAACGUUGUGCACCUGGGACUAUUGUCGUCUCGCAGUCCUCUCACCCGGCGGCACAAUUCUCGUCCGUCCAGGCAGCCAUUGAGUCCCUGCCCGACGAUAACUCUACUCAGACGAUCCUGAUCCUAGCGGGAGAAUACAAAGAGCAAGUCAAUGUGACGCGAUCGGGGCCGAUCACCCUGCUAGGCCAAACGAAUGACUCGAAAGAUGCCACCAAGAACAAAGUCAACCUCACCUGGGCGCAGGCCAAUCAUGACAACACCGGCCAGGCCGUAGACAAUGUCUUCUCGAGCGUCUUGACCGUUGCUCCGACGCUGGAGUCCAGCUACACGGGGUCAGGCCCGACGGGAUAUCCGGUGCCUGAGAAUACGCCUUUUGGCAACGUGGAUUUCCGAGCGUACAAUAUCGACUUUACGAAUACUUGGUCCGAUCACUCGGAUGGACCGGCUCAUGCGCUCAGCUUUAGCCGUGCCAAUGGAGGAUUCUAUUACUGCGGAUUCUACUCCUACCAGGAUACUGUCUACGUCGGCAAACUCGGCAACGCCUACUUCCACAAAUCCAUCAUCGCCGGGCAAACCGACUUCAUAUACGGGUUCGGCACCGCCUGGAUCCAAUCCUCGCAGCUUCAGCUUCGCAACUGCGGCGGCGGCAUCACCGCCUGGAAAGGCACCAACACCUCCUUCGUCAACAACUAUGGCGUCUACAUCGUCGACUCCUCCGUCAAGGCGGCCAACGCGUCCAUCGCCCCGGUUAUCAAGGGGAAGUGCCCCCUCGGCCGUCCCUGGAAUAGCCUCCACCGGUCGAUCUUCGCCAACACCUACGAGGACGAGAGUAUCUUGCCCGCGGGGUACAUCGACUGGGUCGUUGACGGACAGAGCCGUCUGACUAGCCAGACCUUCCAGGCUGAGUACAAGGCCUUCGGACCGGGGUUCAGUGCCUCUGGACGUGCUGGCACGAAUGCCAGCAUCGUGCUCGAUGCACGGGGGUAUCAGCGGUACGAUUCGCCGAAGAAGGUAUUCCAGACGCCGGAGGGCAAGUUUGGAAACGUGGGUUGGAUUGAUCGGAAUGUUGAUUAA